AUGUCGCUCGCAUUAGGAAAGCGCAAGCGCGCAAUCACCUCCAAGUCAACACUUCCGUCCAAGAAAGCCACACUCGUGAAAGCAGCGCCACCUCCUGCUCCGGCGCCAGAACCAGAAUCGGAUACCGAAGAUAGAGAAGCGCUGAAUGACGCAUUCCGGCGCGCUUUCGAAAAACAAUUCAAGGCGAUAGAAGAAGACAAACCAGUAGAAGUCGAAGUCGAAGAGGAGGACAAAGACGAAGACGAAGAUGAAGCUUGGGAUGGCCUCUCAGAAGAGGAAGACGAUGAUGAAGACGAGGUUGAAGUGGUCGAGCACAACAUGUCCAACUUUUCGCGCGAACGAGCAGACAAAGCUGCGUUGAAAGCAUUCAUGGUACAUUUUCAUACCUGCAAGUGCUCUGGAGACCUAGAAGCUGACNCAUACGCUAAUUCCCUCUCCACCGACCCCUCUGGCAAGAACCGCCAUAAAGCCACUGAUCUCCGUCUCCUCGAACUCGGUUCCAAGACUUCCAUCUUUGCGCAAAAGGACAUGCCCAAGCAUCAUCGUAUAGGAAUCCAGAAGAAGAAAGAGAACAAGGAGUUUGAGAGGAGGAGAGAGGCUAAGGAGAACGGUAUUAUCCUUGAAAGGGUCAGGAAGGAAGGGACAGAUGGCAAGGGAGGUGGCUUCGGAGGUGGUGACAAGAGGGAAAGAGGCAUUGGAAACCCGAGUGUGGGUAGGUUCAGCGGUGGUACCUUGAAGCUGAGUAAGAGGGAUGUAGAGGGCAUCACUGGACCAAAGAGCAGCGGAAGAGGAGGAAGAGGCGAUCAGAAUCCUGGCCACCGACCUUCUGCUACCCGUGCUCUACUGGCACCAUACGAAGUAGCAACAGCAUUCGCGGCCGAUCUACAGAGAUUUACACCAGAAGCCCUGGCGCUUGAUCGUCAAAUCGACAAAGGAGCCAUAACGAAGCAACUCGAGACAUCCAACUAUCUCAGCUCUUUGCGAAGGGCAAAUUACCAGUUCACACGCAACAACAUUCAAUAUCGGCGCGCAAGUAUUGCAGGUCAAAGCGAGACUCAGAGAGCCAGCAAACGCUCUGAAUAUCAUGCAGAAGCCAUUCAUGCUGCUCAGGAAGACUUGGAA